CGGCAAAUUUUCUAAAUACGCAUAAAAAAUCCGCUUAAAUCAUGGCCCAGAACGAUCCUGGCAGUGGAAACCUGAUGGACGAGUUCGAGGAAGCAUUCCAGUCCUGCCUGCUAUCACUGACAAAACAGGAGCCAAACUCUGGCACCAACAAAGAGGAAAUCGAACUGGAAGUGCAAAAGACAACAAAUCGCUUCAUCGAUGUGGCCCGCCAAAUGGAGGCAUUUUUCCUGCAGAAACGUUUCCUCGUGUCCACCCUCAAGCCCUAUAUGCUGAUCAAGGACGAGAACCAAGAUCUCAGCAUUGAGAUCCAACGCAAGGAGGCGCUCCUGCAGAAGCACUACAAUCGUCUGGAGGAGUGGAAGGCCUGCCUCUCCGACAUCCAACAGGGCGUCCACAAUCGUCCGACGCCGCCCAUCAAUCCCGGCAUGCUGCAGGGCCCCUCCGGCAUGCAACAGCCCAUGGGUGGUGGGGUGCCACCACGCCCUGGCCUAAUGCCGGGCAUGCCACCAGGUGGCAUGUCGCCCGUGGGCCCUAUGCCACCGGGACAACAGCAUAUGCUGCAGGCCCAGCAAAUGCAGCAGCUCCGCAUGAUGGGCAAGCUGCCGCCCAAGUGAGAAGUGGCGCAAUCAAUGGGCAAGCGGGGGUUUCUAGUUUGUAAUUUUAAUAGUUCAAUAAACACUACACGGAAAAUAAAUGUUUGUAUAUCUAUAAAA